AUGGUUGGCCUUAUCAGUCUGGUCUACGUUGUCAUUCUAGGAAUUGUUUACUGUGAUUGCUCUAAGACCGAUGAGAACACAACAGUUUGGCCUCCAGCUAACUUCUGGACGGUAAUGGGUGUUCUACCUAUCAUUAUCAUGUCCUUCGGAUGUCAUAUGAAUGCUUUCCUUGUUACUGAUGAUCUUAAGAAUCGAACACAAAAGCGUGUGGACAUAGUUUCAACCGCCGCUAUUUCUACAGCCAUAGUUAUCUUCAUACCGGCAAUGGUGUUUCCCUACAUAACUUUUGGCUACGACGUCGAAGCUCUUAGUUUACAGAACCUUAGUGUUAACUAUAUUCCUGUACAAAUUGGAUAUGUGGCUCUAGCAGUAUCGGAAGUAUGCUCUUUCCCAUUACAAGUGUUCCCUUGUCGGAGGUCUCUCACAGUCCUGCUAACACGAGGGCGUGAAUUGAAGCCUGCGGCUGAGCUGAAGCUGAGGGUCAUUCUUACUGUGUGUAUAGUACUGAUCAGUCUCGUGGUGGCUAUCUUCGUGAAUUCUCUCGGAGUGACCUUCUCACUGUUGGGCCUUAUUGGUGGUGAUUGUACGAGUUUCAUUAUGCCAUGUUAUCUCUAUUGUAUGCUUACUCGUAAUGAUAUCGAAUCAGAAGGACGAGUUAGGUGGUAUUUAUCUGCUGCAAUCUUCGUCAUUGGCCUUGUAUUGGUCCCUAUAUGCCUCUAUGGAAUCAUCUAUACCGACAUUCUCCAUCCUGGAAGUUGA